UUACUGUAAGUCCUACCAGAAAGGGUGGUGCUGUAAUCAUAAGCAUUUGCGUAAUACAGUUAAAAGCAAGUCCACUGCCACGGUGCUUCGCUCUCCAGUUGUUUUAGUGGUUUUUUUUAGCUUUUUCUGUUUUUUGUUUCCAUUCUAUCAUCUAUAGCACAACUGUACAUACGAUUUAUGUACUUUUCCAGUUAUUUUUUUUACAUUUUUUUUGUCUAUUUGUAUUUACAUAUGUGUAUUUUUAUUAUUUUUUUUAUUCUCGUCUUAUGUUUAUCGUCUGUGUACUGGAAGCGUAUGUCACUAAACCAAAUUCCUUGUAUAAAGCUCCUUCUGAUUCUGAACAGGAGCAGUGGUUAUCAUAGUUAAUGUGUGACAGGCAGGGUGGGAGUGAGAGCACCAGGCUAUUGGAUUAGAGGCUAAGCAUUAUACACACUUCUGAACUUGGGAGUAUUUACACCACUGCAGUCAGCUUGCACAUCUGUCUAAUUGUAAACAGGUUUCCUGUAUAUCAGUCUCCGUCACAUGCAGCUGACAGCUUCACAAGCACAUCACACGAGCAGAAGGAUGUCACAAACAAUGGGCCGCAGUAGCUUCCCAGAGAUGAUCAUCAAGAAAAGGGAUGGCAGUCAGCUGAGCGCAGAGGAGAUCCAUGACUUUAUAGAUGGAGUUACAUCUAAUACCAUGCAACAAAGUCAAAUAGGUGCAAUGCUUAUGGCCAUUUGGCAGAAAGGCAUGAAUUUUGAUGAAACUUUGAAACUGACAGAGAAGAUGAUGAAGUCAGGUGAAGUUUUGCAUUGGUCCAACGAAUGGCUUGUGGUGGAUAAACACUCGACUGGUGGGGUCGGGGACAAAAUCAGCCUUAUACUGGCCCCUGCUUUGGCUGCUUGUGGGUGCAAGGUCCCUAUGAUAAGUGGACGUGGACUGGGACACACUGGAGGCACACUAGACAAACUAGAGUCCAUCCCAGGUUUCAAAAUCAACCUGACAGUAGAUGUGGUGAAGCAGACACUGCAGGAUGUAGGCUGUUGCAUUAUAGGUCAGACAGAGACUCUGGUACCUGCUGAUCGUAUCAUCUACGCUAUCAGGGACAUCACUGGUACAGUGGACAGUGUCCCACUUAUCACAGCAUCAAUAAUGUCAAAGAAGGCAGCUGAAGGUUUAAGUGCACUUGUGUUAGACGUGAAGUUUGGUAAAGCUGCUCUCUAUAAAGACCUGGAGAGCGCUCGUUGCCUUGCCCAGUCACUGGUUACAGUAGGAAACAAACUGGGUAUAAAAACAGGAGCGGUGUUGAGCCGGAUGGACGCUCCUAUUGGCCGAUGUGUUGGACAUACUCUAGAGGUUUAUGAAAGUUUGGAAUGCCUUAAAGGUCAUGGCCCUGAUGACCUGAACAACCUGGUUACAACACUCGGUGGCUGCCUGCUGCACAUGAGUGGCCGAUCAGAUACGCCUGAGGAUGGGCAGAAGGCAAUCAGCGAGGUCCUGAAGAAUAAGGAGGCCUUGGAAAAGUUCCAAGAAAUGCUUGUGGCCCAAGGUGUGAAGGCGGAAAUAAGCCGUUCCCUCUGCGCAGAAAAUGCUGACUACUUUCAGUACCUACAGCGUGCACAGUACCACACAGAGAUGAAUGCACUGGAUGAUGGUUCAGUUUUGGGUAUAGAUGGUAAAGCCAUAGCUGAUGUCUUGCACAAGUUAGGAGCAGGACGCUCCAAAACUGAGGACCAGAUCAACCACAGUGUAGGAGCAGAGCUCCUGGUAGAUCUGGGACAGCAAAUAAAGAAGGGUCAACCCUGGAUUAGAAUCCAUCAUGAUUGUAAACAAUUAAGCUCAAAGCAGCAGCAGGACCUGCAGGAGGCUUUGGACAUUGGCAGUGCAGAUGAUUACCGGGACAGUCCUCGAGUGGCAGAGUUCAUCCUACCACACUGAUCUGUGAAAGGUUUUCACAAUUAUUCACCAUCAGGUGCUCAUUUCACUUACCCCCUGAGUUUUGGUGCUGCCAGUUACAUAAUCUGUCAAAUGGAACUUACCUGUGUGAAAUAAAAUCACAGGAGACAUCACAUGAUCUCAUACAUGCUGGGGAUGUGGUACCUGGUUAUGGUGUUAGACUAAUAUAUCAGAAGGUUGUGAAUUUGAAUCCCAGUAUUACCAAGCUACCACUCCUGUGCCCCUGAGCAAGGCCCUAAACCCUCAAUUGCUCAGCUGGAUAAGGGAUUCUGGCAAAUGCCAUACAUGUAAAUACACAUGGUUUUUAACACUCCUUUCCCUUUAAGACCUUGGAGUAUGUUGAAGAAUCUAGCUAAACAAACAAAAUCUUGAAAACAAAAGACGUGUCCACCCACAAGUCCAGGACAAAGUUAUGGUAUUAAGCAUUAAGUAUUAAUCACAGUUUGUUUUAAAGCCUUAAACCUUAAAUAUCUAGCAAAGAAAAGCAUUGAUUCAACUAUUUAAACAGGCAAUGAAUAUUAAAAAAAUUCAAUUCUAUGUAGAAGUGUUUGUCUACCAGAUCACCAAGAUCACCAAGAUCACCAAGCCAAGGCUGACUUCAACUCACCACCACCAUGCUUCACUGUACGGAUUAUUCUUAUUAGUUCCCAAUUGUAACUAUACAAAUGUUUAAGGAGAUUCUCACAAAAGCAACUAUAUAUUAUUGUAAGCAGGGUUAUGGGAGGGAUUUUAAGUAUGAAUUGGAGAUUUCUCCUAAGAAUGAUUAGGAGAUUUAAGUAUGUAUGUAUUUUUCAGACAUUAUUUUGUGUAAAAUUUAUUUUACACGAAUCGUCCUGGACAGUCUAAAAAAUAUUGUAACUAAAUAAGUAUAGUAUAUAAAGUAUAUAAAAGACAAAUUUUACAAUUUUAUAUUCAUGGUGUCAUUCAGCAUUUGUAACUCUAAAAUUAAACUUAAGAAUUUUCAAAACUU